AUGGCUUCCGACCGGGACCCAAGAAGAGAACCGACCCGCCGCCGUCAGAGUGGUCUUAGCCACGAGGGGGUAUGCAACUCAACACGACUUUCUUUGGUAGAUAUACCUGCUAAGACGCCUAACGACAGAGAACUAUCACGUUCCCAGCCAACUCUACCGUCGCCCGAGUAUGCAAAUUCUCCCAGGUAUCAGGGUAACCAUAGGCUUCCCUUCCAGGCCCCUAACGAGCAGCCCCCAGUACCAAUUCAACAACCUAGUGCCACCCAUCCUGGCGGUAACUAUACUCUCGGGCAGGGCCACUUCAUGGGCCAGCCUCAGUCAGCACAUGCCAAUAUAUCUCACACUGGUCAUCACCUACCUUCCAUGACUAGCCAUGGCACCGGAGGCGGUCAGGGUUACAUUGGUUAUCUACCUCAUCCACAAAGUGUGGACAAUGUGACAUAUGCGCUUUCCAAAGCCACGAUUGGGCCACCUUCUCCUGGAUCUCUUGGGUAUACCAGAGACAAUAAGGGGUAUUCAUCGGUCAACAAUGCCACGAGUAACGGACAAUUCACUCACCAGAAUAUUCCCCCGCCUGUCACUUCCGGUCCUACACCCAGUGAACCGCUUGAUAGUCGUUACAGAGUCCAGGAACAUCCCAGGACGUUUUUCAAAGUUGGAAGAGUUUUUGCUGUCGUCUGGCACGAGGGCAUGGGAAAUGCAGCGCCUCUGAAAGGGGGUACCAAAAGCCAUGCCAGUGAUCGUGAAUUGAUAACUGAUGGAAAGUUCGGCGCCAAGAUCUUCACUGAUAUCCGCCGCAUGGUAGUCUUCAAGGAACAAGCUCAGUGUGCAUGGUGCUUCCCGGUGCACACAUACAGCCGUCUGGGCGUCGCCAAAGCGAGUGUGGAUCCCUCGAAACAUGCAAUCAUCUAUAUAAAAGGCACACGACCGGCGUACGGUCCCAACGAGCCAAAAAUGACAAAGGACCCCCUGGAGGUAACUCCUGAGCCGUAUCAAAAGCUACACAUGAUGUCUCGAUUGAACUUUGGUAAAAUUUAUACAGUUGAACAUAACCAAAGGGUUCUUCCCGUUGGGAAUAUCAGCGAGGAAUCCAUGGCCAAGUUCCAUUUAUAUGCCAAAAGGGAAACCGAACUUGGCUACUAA